AUGGCCAUCUCUUCAUGCAAAGGUCCAUGCAAAACCCCCAACGACUGUGCUGGUCAGCUCACCUGCAUCAACCGCAAGUGCAAUGACGACCCCGCUGUUGGGACACACAUAUGCAGUGGUGGCGGAGGCGGAGGUGGAGGAGGAGGAGGAGGAGGCAAUUGUAAGUCUUCAGGAACUCUCAAUUGCGGGGGAAAAUCAUUCCCCCAAUUUACAUGCUCGCCCCCAGUGACAUCAUCCACGAGAGCUAAACUCACGCUCAACGACUUCAGCGAAGGCGGUGAAGGUGGGGACCCGUCAGAGUGUGACGGGAGAUUCCACUCCAACAGUGAGCCUGUGGUGGCACUUUCCACUGGGUGGUAUAACGAGGGGUCAAGGUGUGGAAGGUUAAUAAGAAUUACGGCGAGCAAUGGGAGGAGUGUGACAGCGAAAGUGGUGGACGAGUGUGAUUCGGUGAACGGAUGUGACAGAGAGCAUGCAGGUCUGCCGCCGUGUAGGAACAACAUUGUUGAUGGGUCUGCAGCAGUGUGGAAUGUUUUGGGAUUGAACAAAGAUUUAGGGAUUGUGGACGUCACUUGGUCCUUGGCCUAG